AAUAUAAAUUCAUCAGCACCUUUCCUCACGCCUGCAGCAUGAACUGAUUCCCAACGCUAACCGUCAUGGCAGUCAAGACACUGAAAGCCGCCAUCAACAGGGUGCGUCAAGAUGACUCGAAGGACGUUCCUCUGGAAGACCUCAAGGACACAGCUUUGCCACCUGCAGUGCCUGCACCCCCAUAUCGACAUGCUGCACCGUCGGGACCAUGGCCAUGGAUGGACGUUAAUGCCGUCGAUUUCAAGACCUCUCCAACUGUUGAUAUUGAUCAAUCCUGGCCGGGGUACCCUCAGAACCAGUUUGGGAACUGGACUCCAGAUCAAGUGCGGCGCAGCCAGAUGCUCGAAAAGUGUUCGAAGAAUCAGUCUAGCGCCAUUUACUGGAUGGAUGUACUUCACGACGGGAGUUUCAUAUCCCCAGAUAUAGCCCCAGAUAUGGGAGAAAAUGGUCAUACUACAGUAGUUACCAGUCAACGCGAGGAUGACUUUUGGAAUAUGUUACAAGGGGAGCGACCAAAGAAUAUCCGUGUGCGAUCGUUAUUCGUGGAUGACUUAACGUCACCUGUCUUACGCAUGCUUGGGACAAAAUACAACAUCGAGCCAUUCUUUUUUACGUCUUCCAUUAAUUGGAUACCCUCACGAUAUCAGGAAGCGCCUAUCCAUGGAGAAGGAGACCGUACCAAAAUCAACACCCAGGCUCAUUAUCCUAUGGGCGAUCAGAUGCUCGUGAUCGACCUCCUCGCAAUCCACAUGGUCCGCGGUGUAAACACGAACACCAUUAUCUCCUACCAUCCCGAUUCUGCAUGGCGCCGAACUUCCGCGAAGCACCUCCACUCGCUCAUGCAGCUGGUGGGGGGUAGUGUGUACUGGCAGAAAAUAUUCAGCAAGUCCGAUGACCCGACCUUCGUGUUCCUCGCGAUUUUGUGGUAUGCGCUGUAUGCAUGGGAUGAGUCCUUUGAGUUGCUAGACAACCAUGUCAGUGAACUGGAAUCACAAGUGCUGGAAGAUCAUGCGCUCACUCGCGAGCUUCAUAUCCUCCAAGCGCAUCUUCUGCACUAUCAAGCGCUCCUUCAUAGCUUUGAGGUAUCAGUAACAUUUAUCGAGAAGACCCAGAAUCCGGCCAUGGAGUCCAGUGUCUUUUCUGACGAACAGCGCGUAGAGUCGAAUGGACUUAUGAAGAGGGAGUGCGAGAACCUCAUCGGCGAAAUAGAUCGUCUUGAGAAGCGACGCAUGAUGAUGAGCAGCCGACUGAAGAAUGCGACGGACCUUGCUUUUGCGAGUGUUAAUCUCGAGGACAGCAAGCAGACGCGGACGCUGACAGAGGCGACGGUCAAGGACUCGGCGGCCAUGAAACAGGUAUCCUUCUUUCGUCAAACCGAAUCCGUCUUUGGGAUGAACGUCGCAGAGAUCAAUCCAGGAACUUUAGGGACAAUCCCUCACUACGUCGAGACCACUAUUUCGCUCACGCUCCUCACAGUUUAUAUCGUCGUCACGCUUCAGACGCAUAGCUCAUUCCACAAGAAAAAUGCUACGUUCUUGCAGCGUGCAGCGUGGCCGGUUCUUCUUCUCGGGAGGAUUUUGUUCGAGCUAUCGGCCGGGGCCAAGAAUGCAAGCGCGAGAACGGUGGAUGACAAGGUGUGAUGAGAUUGAUAAUGGAUUCACGACAUACCUAUAUACAUACACUAUUCCAAGUUAUGAUUCGCUG